GGUAUAUAGAUGGAUUGAUAUAAAAUCAAAGCACCUGGAUCUAAAUGUCACACAACAGUAUCAAAAGUGCAAGUGUUUGUAGCCUUCAAUAAUUCAUUAUUACAAAUUUAUUUUUCAAGAUGAAUAAAUGGCCAACAUUAUGGAUCACAUUCAUUUGUUUAUGCUGGAUCAGUAAUGCAUUUGCAUCAUCAUUAUCAUCAGAAGAAGGUGAAGGAAAAACGAAUGAUAAAUUCAACUUGGAAAAUAGCAAUUUAAAUAAUUACGAUGGACAAAAAAUUCAUACGAGAAAUAAACGUACAUUACUUUUGAAAAAGAAACUCAUUGGUGCUGGAUUACUUGGUCUAGGUGUUGGACUCACAAAAGGAUAUAAAAUUGGACAUCAUCAUGGACCAGAAGUACAUCAUGUAUAUCUUUCACCACCACCACCAUCAGUUAGAUAUGUUGAGUAUGUUGAAAAACCAGUAUACAUUGAGAAAGCGCCAAUCGAAUAUGAUCACCAUCCAUGGUCACCUCCAUCAGAACCAUCACCUGUCUAUGGAAGCUGGUAAUGGACAACAUGAAUAUUAUUUUCACCAUCACCAACAACAUCAUCUCAUUGUUAUUUUUAUUUUUUUUAUAAAUGUUUAUUUACCUUGUUGAUACUUUUUUUUUAU